GUACCUAAACAAGGAAGAGGCAACAACAGGAUGGAUAACACAGAACCAGAGAUAAAAUGGCCAUAUAUUACGUUGACUAGAUGCAGUACAACUCUAUGGACUGCAUAUCUAUUUUUGUAACGUGGUUAAAAUGUGUUUUACGAUAAAUGUAUUUGUCUUAUAAAAUAACGAUGUUGUUGCUAACCAGGCUAGCUAGUUAGCAGCAGCAGCAGCAGCGGUGCUAAUGAAUGAUAUUGAAAAUGGGGCAGAACAUGUUCCGGACCGGGUUUCUGGUCCGGGCCACACACACCGUGCUCACCUGGGUCAUUACCCUCAUACUGUUCCUGCACAACACAGAUCUGCGGAAGUGUGAGGAGCAAGGAGAGCUGCUGCUGCCGCUCCUGUUCUUCCUCCUGGUCGCUCUUUCAGUGCUCUUAUACUUUGCUGUUUCUUUAAUGGACCCUGGUUUCAUUCUCACUGACUCUGUCAAGGGUUCAAAUGAGGAAAUGGAGUCGAUGAUUCCUCAGUCUUUGACCCCUCGGCUGCGGCGCUGUGGAUACUGCCUGCUGCAGCAGCCAAUGAGAGCGAAGCACUGUCAGACGUGUAAGCGCUGCGUCCGUCGCUUCGACCACCACUGCCCCUGGAUCGAGAACUGUGUGGGAGAGAGGAACCACCGCUGGUUCAUCGUCUACCUGCUGGUGCAGCUGCUCGCUCUGCUGUGGGCGCUACACAUCACUCUGUCUGGCAUAUCCCCCAGCCUCACGUGGGAGCAGUGGUUCAGAGUGAACGGGUUCCUGCUUGCGACGCUGGGUGUGGUCGGGGUCUUCUCCAUGGUGGUGUUGCUGCUGUUGGGCUGCCACCUGUACCUGGUCUCCAUCAACUGCACCACCUGGGAGUUCAUGUCACGCCACAGGAUCUCCUACCUGAAGAACUGCAGUGACGAGGAGAACCCGUUCGACCGCGGAGUUAUCUGUAACCUGUGGGAUUUCUUCUGCGUGUGCAGCACGGUGGUGUGGGAGAAAAUAUACGCCAGAAACACCCCGAACUCUGUCUAGCCUCCAACCAGACGGCACAUGACAGUCUAGGGUCAGACGCAACUUUCAGGGAACUAACUCUUAUGAAUUAUUUAAUUUGCCCUUUUGGGUAGGACUUUAAAACUUGAGUGGACCAUGACAUAUUUCCUUACUACCUGCGAGCGGUGAGAUACAGUGCUUAUCAGGUAUUGAGCAUUGAACUGGUUUUUGCUCAUUUACUCAAAUUUGUACCAGAGUUUUUAAACAUAACAAAGCAUAACUCUUUGCUGGAGUAUAAACAAGGUUUUCUACAAAAAAACAACGCCCUUUAAACCAAUGCUAGCAUCUUGCAAAGAUGGCAAAGUCGCUCUGAAUGUCAGUUUUUAUGUUGGCCCAGAACUUUAGACCUGACCGAAAUUCCUCAAAAACCUUUAGAUGGAUUGCCUUUAAAUUUUGUACAGACACUCAUGUCCCUCAGAGGAUGGAUCCUAUGCACAUCAAGGGGUGUAGGGCUUUCCAUAUUAGCAUUUCAGUCUUUUUAAUAAAUCCAACCACAGUUGUUGAUUUAUUUUUUCAGCAAGAUUACGUGAAACUACUGCCCUGACUUUGAAUGCAACGUUUGAGUGCUUGCUGGAUGAGUGUAGCACUAGCCAAGUAACCCAUAACAUUUUGGAUUAGAAUCACGGGGAAAAGGCACACCAUCUUUUUCAGUUAUAGAAAAGGCCUUGGCAGGAGUCCUGUCUGAUUGAUCCUAUAGACUACUAAUACUUUGUUCCAAUCCACCUUACCUAUAUAAUUCAAAUAUAUCAUUUCCACACUGACGCCCUGAUAGUGUCAGUUCAAGCCUAAACUCUACAGCGCCUACACAAGCAUACAGUCUCUCUUUUAAAUCCCUCCUCUGUGACUUCAUAAAAUCAGAUUUAAAACCAGCCCAAAUAAAAAAUGUGUUCAUUUAUAGAAUUACUAGCACUAAAUAAAAUCUGACUUAAAAAUACUGAACAAAACUAAAGAUCUGACAUUCUGUGGUCAUUUAUGGUCCUUCUAUGAUAUGUGAUUAUACAGACUACUACAACUGUUAUUAGUUCGCUUGAUGGUUAUUUUCAGUGGUGGAAAGUACAAAUACUCAAGGUACUUUACUUGUUACCAUUUAAUGCCACAUUAUAAUUCUCAAAUAUUUUUCACACAGAGAAAUCUAGUUACUUUGCAAAUUCCAAUUAUAUGUUCAACUUAUACAUUCUGCAUAAUAAGUACUUUUGGUUUUGUUACUUUAAAUGUAUUUUGAUACUUUUUGACUGCAGGCCUUUUACUUGACCAUCACAACAACAUACAAUGCCACUGUAACAGAAAUGCAUUUUCAAAGAUCUAAAUUAUUGAAAACCCGUCCGUGUUUCCUCUCAGGUCUGGUCUCUACUUGCUCUUCUGUAAAUCUGUGUGUUGUUGCCUUGUGAGUGUGGUGACCUUCACAUUUCAACACCCUUUGCCUUUGUUUCUAUACGGCGAUUCAGGUCUUAUGCCUUUGCUUCUUUAUAAUGAGAAAAUCGUGAGUGAACCAAACAUGUUUUCUUACUGUAUUUGUUUUGUAUUUAUUGACAAGAGUACAUUAAAACACUAAUGAUAUGCA